UAUUUUUCAUUUUAUUAAGUUUUUCUGAGUGGAUUUAGAGCUGAACGGUUGUCAGAAACAAUGCUGGACGUGAGGCGAGACGACACAGGACGCCCAGACUGAUGGCAGCGGUGACCGUGUUGCGCCACGUUACCUCAAGCCCUCUGCUAUGGGGCUGGGGGCCGCUCGUCUUCGUCCUGCUGGGCUCCGUGUUGGUCCUGCUGCUGCCCCUGGUGGGUGUGGAGGACAAAUGCUGUGCCACGCUGACAGGCAUCCCAUUGUUGCGAUGUCACCUGUGGGGCAGCACCUACCGGCCUGCGGGGCAUUCGACCAGCCUGACUGUGCCCUACACGGCGCUGGAGCUGCUACCCCAGAAGCCCAAGCCUAAUAAAGAGUCGCUGUUGGAGGCUCAGGCCGCUUUCCACCAGGCUUUGGAGAUGAAAAGGCAGAAAAAACGGGACAAAGCGCACAAACUCCUCAUCCACGCGCUCAGCAUGAACCCAGACUUUGUGGACGCCCUCACCGAACUGGGCACCAUCCUGGAAGAGGAGAAGGACGUGGUCCAGGCCGACCAUCUGUACAGCAAAGCCCUGGCCAUUUCGCCCUGCGACCAGAAGGCGCUGGUGAGCCGUCACCGCACCCUCCCUCUAGUGGAGGAGAUCGACCAGCGGCACUUCAGCGUCAUCGACGGCAAAGUGCAGCGCCUCAUGGCCAUCCCCAAAGGCAACUCCGCUCUCCGCCGCAUCAUGGAGGAGACGUACUACCACCAUAUUUACCACACGGUGGCCAUCGAGGGCAACACGCUGACCCUGUCGGAGAUCCGGCACAUCAUCGAGACGCGAUACGCCGUCCCGGGUAAGAGCCUGCAGGAGCAGAACGAAGCCAUCGGCGUGGACGCCGCCAUGAAGUACAUCAACACCACGCUGCUCUCGCGGACCGGCGCCAUGGGCAUCGGCGACGUCCUAGAGAUCCACCGGCGAGUCCUGGGGUACGCCGACCCGGUGGAAGCGGGGCGCUUCAGGACCAGCCAGGUGUUCGUCGGCCACCACAUCCCGCCGCACCCCAGCGACGUGGAGCGGCACAUGCAGGAGCUGGUGCAGUGGAUCAGUUCGGACGAGACGCUGCAGCUGCACCCGGUGGAAUUCGCCGCCCUGGCGCACUACAAGCUCGUCUACGUGCAUCCGUUCGUGGACGGGAACGGGCGCACGUCCAGGCUGCUCAUGAACCUGGUCCUGAUGCAGGCCAACUACCCGCCCAUCACCAUCCGGAAGGAGCAGAGGGCCGAGUACUACGCCGCCCUGGACACGGCGAACGAGGGAGACGUCCGGCCGUUCAUACGCUUCAUCGCCAAGUGUACGGAGCUCACGCUGGACACGCUGCUCAUCGCUACGACCGAGCACGCGGUGGGGCUGCCCGGUGCUAGCAAUCAAGCUUGUCCCGACUGCAAACAGACCAUAUUAGCACAUAACUGAAACGGAAAGUGUGACUGUUCCGAUUUGCAUUGCAAAGUUUGUACAAAACGAUGUUUGAUAUACAAUGUAUGGCCAAAAGUAUGUGGACACCCAUUGCUAACAGGUUUAGUAAUUAAUUAUUUGCAUGACCAGGUUUGUUUAAAGAACUCCGCUGGCUUGCACAAGCUCUGACCUCAACCCUGUUAAACACUUUAUGGAUGAAUUGGAAUGUCAAUUGUGAGCCCGGCCUCCUACAGACACUCCAGACUACAAAGUCUUGUGGAAAGCUUUCCCAAAGGAGUGGAGACUGUUAUAGCUGUUACAGUGACAAACGUUUGUUGAUUGACAAGGGUUUUCUGAAGUAUUUUAGAGCCCAUGUGGAUGUUAAUUCCAGAAGCAGUUAGUACUGUUUUUUUUAUCUGAAUCUUUCGGCAAUAUUAUGGACAGUAGAUGGAAAAAAGUACAUUCCAAAUGGCUUUCAGUCAUGCUCUUGGUCAUAUUGCUUUGGAACAGGAUUUCCAAGUGUCCACAUACUUUUGGCCAUGUGUAUAAUAUACAGUAUAUUAUGAUGUUUUUUUUAAACAUUGAAGGCACAUUAGAUUUUAAAUAAAGUAUUUACUAGAAUUACACAGGAAUAAUCAAACUGGUCAGGUAGGUUUUAACAUCCUAGUCAUUCUUAGACCCUGGUCAGACUCAUCUGGAUACUCUGGAUAGCAGUAAGUUAAAGAAACCGGCUUACCUUGGUCAUGCUUUCUGGAGGUAGGAGAAAAUCAACAUACCACAUGACCUGCUCUGCCCUCUAGUAACCUGUUUCUUUAGGUAGUAAUGAAGUGAACGUUAGAGAAAUACAAACAACACCCAACAAAAUGCCCAGUAAAGGCCAGGUCACCCCAAAAACCUGUCAUUUGGGAAUCCAUUCUGGAUUUACAAGCUUCUUAAAUACAAUCUAAGAUCGCAAAAUUGAUUCGGAGGACAAAAAUCAGGUCCUAGGUGUCCACAAGUAUUUUUACAUUCAGACAUUCUUGGUAAUCUGCUUCACCUGUUCAAGUCCCAGUUGGCAAGCCAAGCUAACGACCCUUAUAAACAAAUCCUCCUGACUGACUGGUCACUCUUAUAUGAAGCAGAUCUGCCAGUUUGAAUCAACUGUUCAUCAACAUGAAGCUUCACCAUCAACAACCAGGACUGGUUUACAGGGUUCAGGUUAUAAUUCAGCACGAAACGCUUGCAUUUGAGAUCCGACGGUGCUGCCCGUGAGCUGGAGGGCUGUGUCUCAAAGCGCAUACGAUGGUGGUAUUCGAGACACAGCAGUUCACCUCUGAUUGUUAAGUAGUGACCAGUCAGUGAGGAGUGACCACUAUAUAACUGAUUUAUGCAAAAAGCUCUAGGAAGGCUUGCGACAAGACUUUGUACUCUGGGGCGUCUGUUGGAGGCCAGGCUCACAAAUGACGUUCCAAUUCAUGCCUAAGGUGUUUAGUAAGGUCGAGGUCAGAGCUUGAUCUUAAUAAACGAUCAACUGGAGAAAUUCAGUCUUGUGAGUUUUGUCGGCGAUCAUGAGUGACCCACGUACCACUCCAAAAUGUGUUUCCGACUGGAAAAUCUGGCUGAAAAUAGCUUAAUAUGUACUAGGCAUAAGUGGACUGACUGUGUGAUGCCCUGUGGUAGACUGGCGUACCAUCCAGCAUACAUUAAUGACCUUUACUGGGAACAAAUAUCAAAUCCUAGUCUAAACAUAAUCUUGGCUUGUGUCUUAUCACAGUAUUAGAGUUAAACAAAUGCGCACAAAUCUACAACGCUAAAUUUUGUCCUUCUGCCAUGGAACCACCGUUGCACCGUUUUAGUCUAAACGUAUAUACAUGUGAGCACAGCGCACAAACACGAAGCCGAACGACACAUGUUCAUGAUUUCUGAAAUAAAAAGUUGUUGACGACUCUUUGUAGUAAACUCGUUUUAAAAAUCUACAGAUGAAAAUGCAAAAAAGGCACAAAUUUUAGUCAGAAUUUAGUAAUAAAUUCUGUUUAACUAUUUAAACCUUGUGCUAACACUCAACAAUCACAUCCAGAGAACAAAAAAUCUGAAAAGAAAAAGCUAAUAAAGAAAACCCCCUGCUUUUGUUUAGUUUAUAUUUUAAACUGAUAAAAUAUGACAGGAUUAGCCUAAAGAUGCUAAUAAAUGCUAAGCAUGUCAGCUGCAUUAGCUAUUUAAUUUUUUUUGCAAAACUAGCUUUAUUUAUAAAGUUGUUUAGUUUGAAUGUUAUCUGAGAAGCUAUUAGAACACAAUAUUCAUUUACAUAUGAAUAAAUGUUUCUUAGUUAAUUUUACAAUAACUUUACAGUACUGGUGCUUGUUUUAGCUUGUUCUAGCUAACAAGCGAGCUACCUAGCUGUCAGUGCUGAGGAAAAACAUGGGACAUGGUGUGACUUUUUUCCCCAUUUGCUCACUAACUUGCCUGUCAGACAUUGUUAAUGUAGUAUUGAAAAUAAAAUGUGAUUUUAAUAAACAAACCAGUCAACAAAUAUUAAUUCAAUAUAAAGACACACACAAAUGCUAACGUUGCUAAUGCUAACCGCAGCUAGUAGCAUAUUAUUAGUGUUAUAGUGAGUUGUAUGUAUUGCUGUGCUGUUUUCUUUCUUUCUUUUUAAUUUCUUCAUCUUUAAAUUAACGCAAUUCCACUUUGUGCCUCAUGUUAGAGGUUUUGUACCAAGAAGCACUUUAUAUGUAAGAAAUGAUUUUAUUUAUUUGACUGACUCGAUGAAGCCGUUUUGUUUUCUGUUUGGGGAAAAUAAUCAUUAAAUAAAUUAUUAAGAGCGUUCCGUUUAUUAUUAAACCUAAAGAAGGUUUCAUGAUUAAUAAUAUUUAUGUACAAACUGUAAUUACAUUUUAAAAAAUGGGACAGUAUGUACAAUGUUAAUAAAAAUGAAGCAUCGA